AGACAUGCUACCUGGAAAAUUAAUAUGCCUGUGUAAGUUCAGUGAGGUGGAAGGGCAGAAGGUGAAGAAGGGUGAAGAUACCAGAAUGUAUCCAUUCCACUACCAGUGGACAUUGGGUUGCUUCCAAGUUUAGGUACCUCCAAACCAUGCUGUAUAAAUAUCCUUCCUUGUUCAUGUGCCCUGGCACACAUGUGCAAAAGUUUCUGUAAGGAGUUAAAUUGCUUGGUCAUUCCUUAUGAGUAUUUUCAUCUUUAUUAAAUAUUGCCACAUUGUUUUUGCAGAGUGGCUGUACCGGUUUACAGCCCCAUCAGCAGGAUGGGUCUCCUUGGCUGGAUUCCAGUCUGCCUCUUUUGGGAGGAGGGUGUAGCAGGGAGAGAAAUAAGGCUGGCAAGGAAUGAGGAAGCCAGGCAGGAGAAGGCCGUUAGUGCCAAUCCAAGGAGUUCAGACUGUAUUUGACUGCACUGGGAAGCCACUGGAACAGGGAACAAAAUGCAAAAACAAGGUUUUGGGAAGAUGGGAAUGUGUCUGUAAGAUAACUUUCCAGAUAAAGAGUUGCUGCUACCAAAAGAGUGCUGACGCCAUCACAGUAUGUUCCUUUCUCAACCCUGGACACAGUUCAAAAGCAGCUAAAGCAGACAAGAAUCUGGGGCAGCCAGUAUUGUACCACCUGCCAAAGCUUGGGACAAACAGUCUGGAAGCCAAAAAUUGCACAUACUGGGUCAUGAAGGUGAAGGAGGAGAAGGCUGGGGUAGGAAAGCUGGAUCCCACUAACCACAGGAGGAGAUUUCCGGAUCAGAAAGAAUACCCUCCUAUCCACAUUGGGCUUCCAGUACCCAGUUACCCUCAAAGAAAAACUGACCAGAAGGGACAUCUUUUAGGCCUGCAAAAAGUCCACUGGGGCCUGCGGCCAGACAAGCUACAGCAGGAACUGACUGGCCCCGGGAGUGGGGCAAGCAGCCGGGACAGCAGCGUGGAUCUUAUCAGCAGGACUCGGUCCCCAGCUGCUGAGCAGCUCCAGGACAUCCUGGGGGAGGAAGAUGAGGCUCCCAACCCCACCCUUUUCACAGAGAUGGACACUCUGCAGCACGACGGAGACCAGAUGGAGUGGAAGGAGUCAGCCAGGUGGAUAAAGUUUGAAGAAAAGGUAGAGGAAGGCGGUGAACGCUGGAGCAAGCCCCACGUGUCCACACUCUCCCUGCACAGCCUCUUCGAGCUCCGUACCUGCCUGCAGACGGGGACGGUGCUGCUGGAUUUGGACAGUGGCUCCUUACCACAGAUCAUAGAUGAUGUCAUUGAGAAGCAGAUUGAGGAUGGUCUCCUGCGGCCAGAGCUCCGGGAGAGGGUCAGUUAUGUCCUCCUGAGGAGGCACCGUCACCAAACCAAGAAACCCAUCCACCGCUCCUUAGUGGACAUUGGCAAGUCAGUCUCCACCACAAAUCGCAGUCCUGGCCGGAGCCCUGGUGCUGGCCCGAGUCUACACCACUCCACGGAGGACCUGCGGAUGCAGCAGAGUGCAAAUUACGGACGUCUGUGUCAUGCCCAGAGCAGAAGCAUGAAUGAUAUUUCUCUCACCCCAAACACAGACCAGCGGAAAAACAAAUUCAUGAAGAAGAUCCCCAAGGACUCAGAAGCCUCCAAUGUGCUCGUGGGCGAGGUAGACUUCCUAGACCAGCCAUUCAUCGCGUUUGUACGCCUCAUCCAGUCAGCAAUGCUGGGAGGAGUGACAGAGGUGCCUGUCCCCACCAGAUUUCUGUUUAUACUGCUGGGACCUUCUGGGAGAGCAAAAUCCUACAAUGAAAUUGGCCGUGCUAUUGCAACCCUCAUGGUAGAUGAUCUCUUCAGUGACGUGGCCUACAAAGCCCGCAAUCGGGAAGAUCUGAUCGCAGGAAUUGAUGAAUUUCUGGAUGAGGUCAUCGUCCUUCCUCCUGGAGAAUGGGACCCAAAUAUCCGAAUUGAACCCCCCAAGAAGGUGCCCUCUGCUGACAAGAGGAAAUCUGUGUUCUCCCUAGCAGAGCUGGGCCAGAUGAAUGGCUCUGUGGGAGGAGGUGGUGGAGCUGCUGGAGAAGGCAACGGAGGCGGCGGUGGUGGCGGCGGGGCCGGCGGUGGUGGUGGGGCCGGCGGAACGAACAGCGGGGAUGAUGGAGAGAUGCCAGCCGUGCACGAAAUCGGGGAGGAGCUUAUCUGGACAGGAAGGUUCUUCGGUGGCCUGUGUCUGGAUAUCAAGAGGAAGUUGCCCUGGUUCCCAAGUGACUUCUAUGAUGGCUUCCACAUUCAGUCCAUCUCUGCCAUCCUAUUCAUCUACCUCGGCUGUAUCACCAAUGCGAUCACCUUUGGUGGGCUUCUGGGGGAUGCUACCGACAAUUAUCAGGGAGUGAUGGAGAGCUUCCUGGGCACUGCCAUGGCUGGCUCAUUGUUCUGCCUCUUCUCGGGACAGCCUCUCAUCAUUCUCAGCAGCACGGGACCCAUCCUCAUCUUUGAGAAACUCCUCUUCGACUUCAGCAAAGGCAAUGGCCUGGACUACAUGGAGUUCCGCCUCUGGAUUGGCCUACACUCAGCUGUCCAGUGCCUUAUCCUAGUGGCCACAGAUGCCAGCUUUAUCAUCAAAUAUAUCACCCGCUUCACUGAGGAGGGCUUCUCCACCCUCAUCAGCUUCAUCUUUAUCUAUGAUGCCAUCAAGAAGAUGAUCGGUGCCUUCAAGUACUAUCCCAUCAAUGUGGACUUCAAGCCAAACUUUAUCACCACCUACAAGUGCGAGUGUGUCGCGCCUGACACAGUGAAUACAACCGUGUUCAAUGCUUCAGCCCCCCUGGCACCAGACACCAACGCUUCUCUGUACAACCCCCUUAACCUCACAGCGCUGGACUGGUCCCUACUGAGCAAGAAAGAGUGUCUGAGCUAUGGCGGGCGCCUGCUUGGGAACUCCUGCAAGUUCAUCCCAGACCUGGCACUCAUGUCCUUCAUCCUUUUCUUUGGGACAUACUCCAUGACCCUGACCCUGAAGAAGUUCAAAUUCAGCCGCUAUUUUCCUACUAAGGUCCGGGCCCUGGUGGCUGACUUUUCCAUUGUUUUCUCCAUCCUGAUGUUCUGUGGAAUCGAUGCCUGUUUCGGGCUGGAAACCCCCAAGCUGCACGUGCCCAGUGUCAUCAAGCCCACACGGCCUGACCGAGGCUGGUUCGUGGCCCCCUUUGGGAAGAACCCGUGGUGGGUAUACCCAGCAAGCAUCCUGCCUGCCCUGCUCGUGACCAUCCUGAUCUUCAUGGACCAGCAGAUCACUGCCGUCAUUGUCAACCGGAAGGAGAACAAGCUGAAGAAGGCAGCUGGCUACCAUUUGGACCUGUUCUGGGUGGGCAUCCUCAUGGCCUUAUGCUCCUUUAUGGGGCUCCCCUGGUAUGUGGCUGCCACGGUCAUCUCCAUUGCCCACAUCGACAGCCUCAAGAUGGAGACGGAGACCAGUGCCCCUGGGGAGCAGCCCCAGUUCCUGGGAGUCAGGGAACAGAGAGUGACUGGCAUCAUCGUCUUCAUCCUGACGGGAAUCUCUGUCUUCCUGGCUCCCAUCCUGAAGUGCAUCCCCCUGCCGGUGCUGUACGGAGUCUUCCUCUACAUGGGCGUGGCCUCCCUGAAUGGCAUUCAGUUCUGGGAACGCUGCAAGCUCUUCCUGAUGCCAGCCAAGCACCAGCCGGACCACGCCUUCCUGCGACACGUGCCGCUGCGCCGGAUCCACCUCUUCACCCUGGUGCAGAUCCUCUGCCUGGCCGUGCUCUGGAUCCUCAAGUCCACGGUGGCUGCCAUCAUCUUCCCAGUCAUGAUCCUGGGCCUCAUCAUUGUUCGAAGGCUUCUGGAUUUCAUCUUUUCCCAGCACGACCUGGCCUGGAUUGACAACGUCCUCCCAGAGAAGGAAAAAAAGGAGACAGACAAGAAGAGGAAGAGAAAGAAAGGAGCCCAUGAGGACUGUGAUGAGGAGGAAAAAGAUCUUCCAGUUGGAGUUACUCACUCUGAUUCUUCCUUCAGUGACACAGAACUUGAUCGAAGCAUCACCUUGCACUUCAAAAUCUCCUGUCCAGCUUCACCUGCUUUCAACUACUCACGGAACCCAAUGUUCAUGGUGCCACAGGUGAAGAUAGAGAUGGAGUCAGACUAUGACUUCACAGACAUGGACAAAUACCGAAGAGAAACUGACAGCGAGACCACCCUCUAGGAUGAAGCAGCUUCAACAAGACUGGAGAUGGAGGGCCUGGUUUAGUCUUAAUUGAGAGGGUCUUAACUUAUCUGUGCCUGUUUCCUUCUUUAUCAAACAGAGGGAGUCCUGCCUAAUAGAAAACUGGAGAUCUGUUGAUCAAAGUACUGCUUAGAUGCAAAGCUCUCCCCUUCCUUUUAUAGUAAUGAAAAUACCUAAAGCUAAAUAUUAUAUUUUAUUUUAAAAUGCAGUCCAGCAUAGAAAUUCUAACACUAAGAUAAAGGGGUAAUAGUCAAUUCAUAAUUUAAAACAAAUAUCAAUUUAAAAUUGUUUAAAGGUUAGAUUUAAAUGUAGAUGUCCUGGAACUCGUAAUAUACUCUAUUGUUACUAGACCAUCUUCGGAAUAUUUGGCGACUUUGCAUAUUAAGAAAUGCUGAAAACAUCCUAUCUUUUCUGUCACAUCCAAUUUCCUAAGGGUUGUAUGAAAAGUUUGAACCGGCUGGGCGAGGUAUCUCACACCUGUAAUCCUAGCACUUUGGGAAGUCAAGGUGG